GUCUCGACCAGCGGCAGUCGUAAUUCAGAAGUCGCGUGUGAACGACUACUCUCAAAACGAGAAGAAAAUUUUUUCGGAAGCAUCCUUCGAUCUCGCUGCAACAAAAUGAAGUACAUCUUGGUGACGGGCGGUGUUAUCAGUGGUGUUGGCAAGGGUGUCAUUGCCAGCAGUUUUGGCGCUAUCCUUAAAUCCUGCGGCUUACACGUCACCUCGAUCAAGAUCGAUCCUUACCUCAACAUCGACGCUGGAACCUUCUCGCCUUACGAGCACGGAGAGGUCUACGUGCUCGAUGACGGCGGCGAGGUAGAUCUAGAUCUUGGCAAUUACGAGAGAUUCCUCGAUGUUAUAUUGCACAAAGAUAACAAUAUUACAACAGGUAAAAUUUAUGAAAAAGUCAUCAGAAAGGAAAGGAAAGGCGAUUAUCUGGGCAAAACUGUUCAGAUAGUGCCACAUACUACUAAUGCUAUCACAGAAUGGGUUGAAGAAAUUGCAAAUCGGCCAGUGACAGACGAUGGGAAAAUUCCCGAUGUUUGCAUUGUCGAAUUAGGAGGAACUAUCGGAGACAUGGAAGGAAUGCCUUUUGUUGAAGCUUUCCGUCGAUUCAAACGAGUUCAGAAAGACAAUUUCUGCUGUGCUCAUGUAUCUUAUGUACCAACUCCAAAAGCAGCUGGGGAAGCAAAAAGCAAACCCACCCAAGCAAGUGUUAGAGAACUUCGUGGCCUUGGGUUAUCUCCAGAUUUGAUCAUUUGCAGAUCUGACAAACCUAUUGGAGAUGAAGUCAAAGAAAAAAUUUCCCACUUCUGUGAUGUCGAACCUGACCAAGUUAUUAAAAUCCACGAUUUACCUUCAAUUUAUGAAGUUCCUUUAUUAAUGGUAGAUCAAGGAGUGAUGCACUACUUGAAUGAUAGACUGGAGCUAAAUAUUCCACUUCCUCUUCCUGAUUCAUUUAUGAGUGUAUGGAAGAAUUUAGCCCAUAGAGUUGACCUUUUGAGAGAUCCUGUUGAAAUUGCAUUGGUAGGAAAAUACACUAAAUUAGAAGACGCUUAUAAAUCAGUAAUAAAAUCUUUAGAAUACGCUUCUAUUAAGGCUGGUCGAAAAUUGACUCUUAAAUUUAUUGAUGCUGCAAGCUUGGAAGAACAAGCUAAAACCUCAGAUCCAGUAGCCUAUCAUGCAGCUUGGAAAAGGCUAUGCAGUUCAGAUGGAGUUGUUGUGCCAGGUGGUUUUGGGUCAAGGGGUGUUAAUGGCAAAAUGGAAGCCUGUAGAUGGUGCCGGGAACAUAAUAUACCAUUCUUGGGAAUUUGUUUAGGAUUUCAAACUGCGGUAAUGGAAUUUUCAAAAAAUGUUCUCCAUUUGGAUGACGUCAACAGUACAGAAUUUGCUCCUGAUUGUAAAAAUCCUGUAGUCAUUGACAUGCCUGAACAUAAUAAUGGUGACAUGGGUGGUACAAUGAGAUUAGGCAAAAGAGAAACAAGAUUUGUUACAGAAAAAUCUGUGUUGCGUCAACUGUAUGGGAACGUUGAAUCAAUUGAAGAGAGACACAGGCACAGAUAUGAGGUGAACCCAAAAUAUGUUUCUGAUUUAGAGGCUGCAGGACUAAAAUUUGUUGGGCGAGAUGUAGAUAACAUACGAAUGGAAAUUAUAGAACUAGAGAAUCAUGAUUACUUUGUUGCCACUCAAUUUCAUCCUGAAUAUUUGUCAAGGCCAAUGGCUCCAUCGCCACCAUUCUUAGGAUUAAUUUUAGCCAGUGUUAAAAAAUUGAAGUCUUAUUUAGCUAAUGGUAGUAGAUCAUGUUCAUCCCUGGGGAGUGUUAAUUCAGACAAAGGAUUAGAUCAUUUGACCAAUGGAAACUCUUUAGACUCAAGUGUUUUUAGUGAAUCAUAAUUGUACCCAUGAAGCUCAUGCAAGUUUAUUUAAAACCACAAUUUUCACAAACAGAUUUCACUCAUAUUGAGUGAACCAUUAACAAUAUGAGAUUGUAAAUAACCAGAGACUUUUUUAACUUAUUUGUAAAAAUUCAUAAAAUUUUUGUUAUCGACAACAAUAAUUAGAAAUAAUAUAGAUAUUUUACACAAAGAUUAUUCAAAUUCUUCAAAAGAAUUUGUAAUCGACUUUAGUAUUUAUAUUUGUAAAAAUAAUAAUUUGAUAAUAAAA